GGCUCACAGGAAAUCAAUGCAAAUUCUCAGUGCGUGUGGGAGAGACUCGCACACAGGGAAAUGUCUGCCCUGAGACGCAACAAAAGCCAGAAGAUCCCAGUCAUGAAUCAGGCUGCACGAGUGGUGGACGGACUGCACUGAGCUUUUAGUGCUCGGGAGCUGCACUCUGUGUUUUCUCUUCCGGCUGCCUUUGGGCUUCCAGUCCUCUAGUCUACGGAACCCCACUUGUGGCUCAGCAAUGUUCUCUCUCAAGCAACCCAAACCUUCCUUUAAAUCCUACCUUCUGCCUCUUCAGCAAGAAGACAAACUAAAUCCAGAGACAAAGAUAAAAAAGUUGAAACCGGUCCUUCUGCCAGGUGAGAUAGUUGUGAAUGAAGUGAAUUUUGUCCGGAAGUGCAUUGCUUCUGAUACAAGUCAGUAUGACCUCUGGGGGAAACUGGUCUGCACCAAUUUCAAGAUUUCCUUCAUUACAGAGAAUAGUGUGCCUUUCCAGAGAUUCCAUUACAAGAACCUCCUUCUGGGUGAACAUGAUGUCCCUUUAACAUGCAUAGAACAAAUUGUUGUCGUUAAUGACACCAAGAGAAAGCAAAAGAUUCUCUCUCACAACCAGAAACUGAAGUUUAACCCUACAGAACUUAUUAUUUAUUGCAAAGAUUUCCGCAUCCUGCGCUUUCGUUUUGAUGAAGCUGGCCCAGAGAGUGCCAAAAAGGUAUGCCUUGCACUUGCUCACUAUUCCCAGCCAACUGAUCUCCAGCUUCUUUUUGCAUUUGAAUAUGUUGCUCAAAUGUAUCAUAAGCUAGACAAAGUCAAUGGGAUAGACCCUGGAGGAGGAGGGGACUUUUGCCAAAGGACUCCUUUAUUUGAAUCCUACUCUGACUGGGAUCGAGAGAUAAAACGUACAGGGGCUUCAGAUUGGAGAGUUUGCUCUGUAAAUGAGGGAUACAUGAUUUCUACAUGCCUCCCAGAAUAUUUUGUUGUCCCUUCCUCUCUGGCUGACCAGGAUUUGAAGCAGUAUUCCCAUGCAUUUGUAGGAAGGCGUAUGCCAUUGUGGUGCUGGAAUCAUUCCAAUGGGAGUGCCUUGGUGAGGAUGGCCAGCAUCAAAGAUCUGUUACAGCAAAGGAAAAUAGACCAAAGGGUUUGCAGUGGAAUCACCCGCAGCCACCCACUCCGGAGUGAAGUUUACAAAUGUGAUCUAGAUGAUAAUGUGCCCAGUAUCCAGGACAUCCAGGCAGCAUUCAGCAAACUCAGACAGCUGUGUGUGAAUGAACCGUUUGAUGAAACAGAGGAAAAAUGGCUUUCAUCCCUUGAAAACACACGGUGGCUUGAGUUUGUCAGAAUGUUUUUGAAGCAGGCUGCUGAACUUGUAUACAUGCUGGAUUUCAGCCGGCGUUCUGUUGUUUUGCAAGAAGAGGAAGGCCGAGACCUCAGCUGUGUGGUGGCCUCCCUUGUCCAACUCAUGCUCGAUCCAUACUUCCGGACCAUCAUUGGCUUCCAGAGCCUGAUACAGAAGGAGUGGGUCAUGUCUGCAUAUCCGUUUCUUGACAGGUGUAACCACUUGAAGAGAUCUGACAAAGAGAGUCCACUGUUUGUGCUGUUCCUGGAUUGUGUUUGGCAGUUACUACAGCAGUACCCAGCAGCUUUUCAGUUCACAGAGACUUACCUGACUGUGGUACAUGACAGCUCCAGGAUCUCACUGUUUGGGACAUUCAUGUUCAACUCCCCUCACCAGCGUGUGCAACAGAGCACGGAAUUUGCUAUUGGCAAAAAUAUCCAGCUGGGAGAAGAAAAGGGUCUAAAGUUUCCCUCUGUGUGGGACUGGUCACUGCAGUUCUCUGCCAAGGAUCGGGCUUUGUUCAAUAACCCGUUGUAUAUUGGAAAGAGUGUUCCCUGUGUGCAGAAUGGAGCUGUGAAAUCCUUUAAGCGCACAAAGAAGAACUACAGUUCUACAAUGCGUGGGAUGCCGCCUUCUGUGAAGAAUGGAAUGUCGAUUCAGCAAGAGAUUAUGCCUCGCAGGAACUCUCUUAUAUUAAAACUAAAGCCUGAAAUUCUCCAGCAAGUGCCAGUAAUACCCGGCAAUGGCUUUGAGCAGUAUUUCAGAGACUGGUUUUCCAAACCUGCAGACCUGCAUGGGGUGAUCCUACCCUGCCUGCAUGGAACACACAUACAAAUAUGGAAGCUCUGUUACCUUCGCUGGACACCUGAAGCACAAAUUAACCAUGGUGGCUUUAUUACGGCCUUCCAUAAAAUAUCUCUCCUGGCAAGUGAGAUCGAAGUGCUGCAGUCAAGACUGCGUCAAUAUAGGGCUUAUCCAAUGGCCACUGUCACUUCCCCUGUCGGAGAACAAAACCAAAUGUUCUUCAGACCAGAUGAGUUACACUGCAGCAAUGGAAGCUUGGACAUUCUCUCCUCCUCUUUCCCCUUCUCCCCUAUUGGGAACUUGUGCCGCCGUAGUAUUUUGGGCACCCCUUUAAGCAAGUUUUUAAAUGGUGCCAAAAUAUGGCUUUCAACAGAAACACUUGCAAAUGAGGACUGAUGCUGCGUUCUGUGGGGUUCGGAUGUUUUCAUUAUGAUAUUAGAGGUGAGGUUUUGUUUUUUUUUGCACUGCAUUUGGCGUAAACUGCAGUGUAUUAAGUUGAAGAAAUAUGGGUGCGCCUCACUUUAAAAACAGGCAUACAGGGCUAAAACGCUAGAGUAACAAAAUGUAGUUCAGCUUGUGGAGUGUGUGUAUUUGUGGGAUUGUGAACUAAGCAUCAUGUGGCUCUCUUGCAUCCCAAAACUACUUUCAGCUAUCAGAAUUUUUGCAUCCUAAGUUUGGGAUAUGAUGGACAGCCACAAAUUGCAGCUCUGUAUAAUGUUUUUAAGCUUUUAUGUGAUGCUUGGCAUUACACCACUUAAGUAUACUACAACUAUGCAUUGCAAGAUAUGUGUACUAAAAGCUGUGACUGAACUUACACAUAAUGGCAGACUUCAAUUCCCAACAGUGGUGUUGAGGUUGCACCUAUAUUGGGGGGUACAUUUACAAAAUGCCAUUGUGACUUGCACUCAAGAGUUGUGGUUUUACCAGAUUAACUGCAGGAUAUUAAUUCUGCAUGUUACCUUGUUUUUUUUUUUGGUUAUUUUAGAAAGACUGAAAUGUAUUUAUAGGGUACAAAUUAUAACUUAAGCUAAGCUAGUCUUUGUACAUAUUUCUGAGACUGGAAAGUAUCUCAGUCGGGUACACUGAGCUUGCUGGGAUCUGUGGAAGAUAAUGUGCACUGUUAAUCCCUGUUUGUAGAUAAUAUUAGAUGUAGAAGUGCCUUAAGAGACCUUAAAUUAAAUGAUGUAUAUAGUUCGAGCAAGAGUUUAUAGGUUCAUAAUGGUACGAUUACCUGCAUUUAUGCACAGAUGGCAAAUCCCAGUUUUAGUCAGACUGGGACCCUCCGUGGAACUUGCAGCAUCUGAAAGAGAAGCUAUGCUUUUCGGAACACUUAGGGGCAGAUUUAUCUAAAUGUGAGUUUAGAGCUUCAUAAAUAAAACUCACCCACGUUCUAUUCACUCUUAUGGGAUUGUUAGAACCGUAUUUAUCAAAUGGUGAAUUUUACCUUUCACCCAUUGAUAAAUACAGUUCUAAAAAUCCCAUAGGAAUGAACAGAACGUGGGUGAGUUUUUAUUUAUUAAAGAAGGACAGCUACAGAGACAGUUCAUUGCCAAUAGAUUAGCCACACUAGUACAAGAUAUAACACUGUAUUUAUUGUGUAUAAUGCUUUACCAUUCCAGAGUAAACAACUCUAGACACUG